UUUUGGCAGGAAGGAUUGUGUCAUUGUGAUGAUCGAGCGAAUCUGUAAAAUCUGUUUAUCUCGUGAAACAAACAAGUAGAAUCUGAAAGUUAUAUAUUUUAAACGUGCGAAUAAAGUCGACGCAGUGUGUUUUAAUGUACGUAUUAUUAUGGAACCGACAAACCAGUGCCACUGCUGCCUGCAGCGGCCUUCGGCGAAAGAUUUGAGGACGCCGUACACUCGUCACGGCAUUACGGAGAUAUACUCGUUCAUGAUUGAAGAAUGCUUCGUGAUCAAACUGGCAUCAAGCAAUGAGGAGCAGAGUGGCAUCUGCGGGGAGUGUGAGAGGCGCCUGCGGGAGGCGAGCUCCUUCAAGGUGCAGGUGCAGCGCUGCCAGGCCGAGCUGCGUCAGAGGCUCCAGGCAGCACUGAGAGCCAAAGAGGAGAAAGCCUUGGAUGAACACCUUGAAGAUGACAUGAGCAGCGAUGUUCCCGAGCCUUCUUUGCCUCCGGGCGAGAAGAGCCCCGCCCCGCCUUGUAAAGAGGAGCCGCGAGACGAAUAUCUGUCACCUCCAGACGAGGGCCCGCCCGCCUUGUAAAGAGGAGCCGCGAGACGGAUUUUUGUCACUUAUUAAAAAUAGCAAACAAUAUACAAGUCAUGUCUAUACAUCUUCCGAAGAAUGUAUUGAUAGAAUCUUUUUUGAUGCACUUCCUAACGCCAGCGUAUAUAUCGACGAGGAAGAAGAAAUGAUUUUGCUUGAGAAGUGCACAGUUUGUGCCACUAGUCAUAGUUUCGAUAUGACCCUCUGUGCCUCCAGGGUUCAGUUUCUGCCGUCUGACGAACAACCUUUAUCAAAUAUGUUUUGUCAAGGGUGCGCAAAUAUUAUGUUUUCUGUUUAAAUAAAUAAUUGGAUUCAAAAUGCUUACUUUUAUUUCUAAAAUACAUAACUCUCUUUUGAAAUAUUUGUCGCCGCA